AUGGAGGCAGGCCAAUUCGACGAUGCUCCGGAUCAGGCAGCAGUGCAACAGUCUACCAUCAACCAAAACCAGCACCAGCACCGCGAUCUGCAGGCUGCUCAGGACCAAGACACGCCGUAUUUACAACGCCAACGACGUCAAGAGAUUUCGGAUCUGCUUCGACCAUCUUCGGACGUCGAAGAGUCGGACGAUGAUCUGGUUGAUGACAUGCAGCAAGAUGUCGACGAUGACGACGAGGAUGAUGAUGACGACUACGAGGAUGACAUGACCGGUUAUGGCGCCGUCGAGGAUGCGGAUUGGGAGCUUGCACGAGGCGAUUUCACCAAGCACUUCAACCGUUCCCGCCAGCUCGCAAAUGCUAUUCAUGCUUCCAGCUCAACAGCCUGCGCAUCCGCAUCCACAUCCGCAUCUGCAUCCGCAUCAAAGUCGACGCGUGGACAAGCAGCGGUAACAGCCACUCCUCUACCUGCCAUGAAUCGGCGCCGUCGACCACCACUGGUGGCAGCAUCCGGCGGUGCUGCUGCUACAGCUGCAUCCACCACCCAAACACGCACCGCUUCGCAGAUGGAGUCACUCUCCAAGUUCGCCUCGCGCAUCCGUGUGGAUGACAUGUACGAUCCUUCCUCGGCCAUCGGUGGCGGUGUCAACUCCACGGUACCCCGAAAAGCGCUCGGUGGAAGGGACGCCGUGCGAAUCAAGGACAAAGCAGACCGUGCCACCGUAGAAGGUGUACUUGACCCACGCACCAUGCUCAUCUUGUACAAGAUGGUGAAUCGUGGGCUUCUCGAAUGCGUCAAUGGCUGUGUAAGCACCGGUAAAGAGGCCAACGUUUAUCACGCCACGACCGCUGUCACUGGCUCGUCGAAUGCCUCUGGCUCGUCUGCCGUCGACUCGGAAAAGGGGAGUUUGGCGCUGAAAAUCUACAAAACCUCGAUCCUCGUCUUCAAAGACCGCGAUCGGUAUGUGAGCGGUGAAUUUCGCUUUCGUCACGGAUACGCCAAACACAAUCCACGCAAGAUGGUGCGUCUAUGGGCCGAAAAGGAAGCACGCAAUCUCAAGCGUAUGGUCUCGGCGGGUCUUCGAGCACCUGUGCCGGUCGAACUGCGAGAUCACGUUCUUGUGAUGCAGUUCUUGGGCGAUAGCCAAGGUUGGGCGAGUCCUCGACUUAAGGAUGCCGACGAAAUCAUCGGCUCAGAUCGUGCCGAAUGGUCUCGGCUGUACCGUGAGUUGAUCGCCAGCGUACGCAUCAUGUAUCACCAAUGUAGACUCGUACAUGCCGAUCUGAGCGAGUACAACAUCUUGUACCACCAACAUCAUCUUUGGAUCAUCGACGUCAGUCAGUCGGUCGAGCACGAUCAUCCUAGAGCGUACGACUUCUUGCGCGCCGAUCUCGCGCAUGUCGACGACUUCUUUGCAAAGAGAGGCGUCAAUACGUUGGGGUUGAGAGCCACGUUUGAGUUUGUCGUCAGUGCACCCAAGAGUCACGCUUUCGCUAGGAAAGGUGGUAGGGCGGGUUUGGAGAAGCAGGAGGCUGAUUUUCAGAAUGACCACAGGCCGAAUCCAAACGAGGAGCAUGACAAGCAGCUCAAGUCGGACGGUGAUCCGGGAUCUUGCACGCGUAGUGCGAUGGGUGGAGCAUCUACAGCAACGCCGGUGGUUGUGUCCAAGGACAAAGUGAUUGGUGGAGGUGCAUGGUAUACUGGGCUCAGUCAAACCACGACCGACACAUGGGGUGCGCCCACGGGCGACGAGAGCGAAUCAUCGCUCAUGGACACACUGGAGCAUCUCAUGCAUCAGCUUAGCACGCAACCCGAUUCUUCAUCGCACACCAGCGCCAUCCCCACCACCUCUUCGCAUCGCUCUGCAAACAGCCACAACGACGACCAAGUGUUCAAAGCCACCUAUAUCCCGUUUUCCCUGCACGAGCUACAAGACCCCGAACGCGAGAUCGAAUUGCAAGCCACGUCCCAACCCACCACCACCCAAGACCGCACACAUCCACCGCUCUCCACGCUUCUCCCGUCGAAACCUGCGCAGAACCAUGACGACAAUGACGACAAUGACGACUCGCAUUCAGACCACUACACGUCGUCCGACACUUGCGACGUCUCGGACGACGACCAACCCACAUCCAGUCAGCAUCCCAAAGACGCCAGAAUCACCAAGGAGCAAGCCAAGGCACUCAAGAAAGAGGCCAAGAAACAAACAAAGCAAGCCAACCGCGAGAAGCGCAAAACAAAGAUGCCCAAGGCCGAGAAGAAACGCAGGAUGAAAAAGAACCACAAGUAA